CCCCGGGGCCGCCGUGCUGGAGCUGCGGAGCUCCGCUCCCCAGCAGCGAUGGGCCGCUCCGCUUCUGCCCCGGCUGCCAGGCUCUGCAGCCGCCGGCGCCGCGGCCUGACCUCUUCCGCCUGAUGGACUGCGACCGCUCCUUCCGCAUCGACCCGGGGCAGCUGCAGCGGCGGUUCCGGAGCCUGCAGCGCGCCGUGCACCCCGACCGCUUCGGCAAGAGGCCGCCGAAAGAGCAGUACUACUCUGAGCAACACUCUUCCCUGAUCAACAAGGCCUACCAGACCCUGCUGAACCCUCUGAGCCGGGGCCUCUAUCUACUGGAGCUGAGUGGAGUGGAGCCAGCAAAAGAGACAGACUGUGAUACAGACUCAUCGUUCCUUAUGGAAGUCAUGGAAAUUAAUGAGAAACUAGCAGAGUCCAAAAACAAGGAUAACCUUGAAGAAAUUGAAACUUCAAUUAAAGUUAAGCAAGAAGAACUGACCAGAGAGGUCACUGCAGCUUUUGAAAAAGAUGAUCUUCAAGAAGCCAAGAAGCUGCUAGCAAAAAUGAAGUAUUUUGCAAACAUAGAGGAUAAACUAAAGGCCAAGAAGAUCCCUUCCUGAUGUUGCCUUCUUAGCUAUUAAGAAAAGGAUUUGUUUUUUGUCUCAGGAAUUAUGAAGAAGAUGAAAGCAGCAACAAAGAAGCACUCCAGUAAGAACACCACAAAACAAUACUGCUUCAGUCCAUUCUGAAAAUAAAUAUGAUUGCAACAUAUUUCAAGUGUAAUAACAGUAGGUUUGAGAAAAUAAGCUUUUUGUUUCCAUUUACACUUAACAUUGCUGCUCAGAUGUUUUUCUAAAAGGAAUCACUUAACCUAAUCUUCACCUGUAACUUUUUAGAUAAAGACUGUCAAGUGCUGUGCAACAGGCUUUUAUUUUAAAAAUAAGAUAAACCAUUUAAACAGUCAAAUGUCACAAUCUAAAAGUCAACAUUUGCUACUUAGCUGUCACAUAUUUUUAAGAGUAUAUAAUUUAACUUUCUCUGAAUGUUAAUAUUUUUCCAUACUGUACAUUAAAAAAACCAACUAUCUUACAGCUCAGCCAUGAAGAAAGGACAGGCAGAUCCAGAUACCCAGAUGCAUGCUGUUCCUAUCAGUUUUGCUGUCAAGAAUAUGUGCUAAAACUAAAAAUACAAAGCUGGAGAUGAAAACCUGUCUUGCCUUUCUUAAUAAUCUUCUGCUUACAGAACUUUGUCAGUUCAGCAAGUUCUCAGAGAUGUGACUUACUGACCAUAGGUAUCACCUCAAUGUUACUUUGCCAUAAAAGCACAAGGCACUAUUAAAAAAUGUUUUAUCUAAA